CAAGUAUACCUGGAGAUUUUACACACGAAUAAAAACUAUGUCUGUACUGAGAAGGCCUGACGGAACCAUGACAGGUACCGAGUGAAGAAUUAAUAACGGAAUAUCAAGAAAAGAACACUGCGUGUGUUCCGGAGGCGUUCGCAGUUCGAGUGAGCACCUUUUGGUUCGGAGCGCACACAUACGCACGCAUCUGAGCAGUGAUGGGCGCUUGGACGCUGCUGCUGUGCCUACUCGCCAUUGUGAGAGGCAGCCUGGGGGCGGAUACUGAAGAGCGGCUGGUGGAGUACCUUCUAAACCCCGCCCACUAUAACAAACUGAUCCGCCCAGCGACCAAUGGUUCUGAGCUGGUGACAGUUCAGCUGAUGGUGUCACUGGCCCAGCUCAUCAGUGUGCACGAGAGAGAGCAGGUUAUGACCACCAACGUAUGGCUCACACAGGAAUGGCAGGACUACCGUCUGACUUGGGUCCCUGAGGAGUUUGAUGGCAUGGAGAAGGUCAGACUGCCUUCCAAACACAUCUGGCUGCCCGACGUUGUGCUGUAUAACAAUGCUGACGGAAUGUACGAGGUCUCCUUCUACUCCAACGCGGUGGUCUCCCAUGACGGCAGUAUCUUCUGGCUGCCUCCAGCCAUCUACAAGUCAGCCUGUAAGAUCGAGGUCAAACACUUCCCCUUCGACCAGCAGAACUGCACCAUGAGGUUCCGCUCCUGGACCUACGACCGCACAGAGAUCGACCUGAUCCUGAGGUCCGACGUGGCCAGCAUGGACGACUUCACACCCAGCGGAGAGUGGGACAUCAUCGCCCUGCCGGGGCGCCGCAACGAGAACCCUGCCGACCCCACCUACGUAGACAUCACUUAUGACUUCAUCAUCCGCAGGAAACCUCUGUUCUACACCAUCAACCUCAUCAUCCCCUGUGUCCUCAUCACCUCUCUGGCUAUCUUAGUGUUCUAUCUGCCCUCUGACUGUGGAGAGAAGAUGACCCUGUGUAUCUCUGUCCUGCUGGCCCUCACUGUGUUCCUCCUGCUGAUCUCUAAGAUCGUCCCCCCCACCUCCCUGGACGUUCCUCUGGUCGGGAAGUACCUGAUGUUCACCAUGGUCCUGGUGACCUUCUCUAUUGUCACCAGUGUGUGUGUUCUCAACGUGCACCACCGCUCACCCACCACACACACCAUGCCCCCCUGGGUCAAGCUGGUGUUCCUCAACAAAUUGCCUGCGCUGCUCUUCAUGCGCCAGCCCCAGAACAGCUGCGAGCGUCAGAAGCUGCGCCAGCGACGGAGGGGCCAGGAGCAGAGGGAGGGGGGCAGGGAUGGGGGCUCCGCCGGGGGGCUGAUGGUGGGCCUGGGGCUGGGGGGCGGAGGUGGCACGGAUAACAACGACCCCUGUACGUGUUACGUGAACCGGGCGUCGGUGAAACAGUUUGUAGGGGAGCUGGGAGGAGGGGGAGGGGGGUCGAUGGAGGGGCUGAACGGGCUGAGGGAAGACAGGGAGGGGGGGCAGGGGAACCGGCCCAGGGGGAAACAGUUAGGAGGGGGCCCAGCCCUGACCCAGGCCGUGCUAGGACAAGCCUGCCCUGGGUUGGAGGAGGCUGUCGACGGGGUCCGCUUCAUCGCCAACCACAUGAAGACUGAAGACGACGACCAGAGUGUGAGCGAGGACUGGAAGUAUGUUGCCAUGGUGAUCGACCGUCUCUUCCUGUGGAUCUUUAUAAUUGUGUGUGUGUCCGGAACGGUCGGGAUGUUCCUCCAGCCACUGUUCCAGAACUACACUGCCAAGACCAUCACCAACACCAAUGGCUGACCAACCAGGUGCCCAGCAGCAUCGAUGGACACCGCCCCGACCCAAUCAGCACAGCAGGACAGGGGCAGGAGGGAGGGACCUGCCCAGCAGGGGAAGUGGGUUUUAUUAAGUCUGUGGAACUAAUUUGGACAGGAGCCACACCUGUUAACCUUUAUAGCCUUUCUACUGAACUGUUCUGAACUGAAGAACUAAACUUAACACCAACAUCGUAUGAAAGAUCUUUUUUUCCAGAGGAGGGAUAAAUGGAUGGACAACUCUUCCCUUUUUCCCAGAGGAAGGUGGAGUUAUGCCUCUCCUCUCUCCCUCUGAGUGACAAGCGGCAGAAGCCAAUCAGGGAGAGAGGACAAUCUCUAAAUUGUUUGACAUCCUGUAGAACGCUACGCCAGCCAAUCAAUGCUCUUCAUUCCAAGCUGACUGUGCAAGCUUACUGAGAGUAUAUUGUCGCACCUUCAACUGGUACAGAACUUAAUGCUUCAGUAACAGAACCUUGAUUGGAAACUGUGUCAACCAAUUGGGAAAAUGUAAAGGCAAGUGGGGGGUUGUCAAGGUUCAUAAUUGUUUUUCCAAGCCACUUCUGUUAAGCCAACUGAUAGUACAGUACAGUAUAUUUUACCAUAGCAGUGUACCACAGUAUAGCUUUGAAUAUAAUAUUAUUGCGAUUUCUCUGUGUCUGUUUCUGAGAGAAAGGUAGGGUGGUUUGUUGUAUGAUUCUCUACGCUUUUAAACAAGAAUGUGAUAUUACCUGUACUACACAGCCUGUGACGUGCACACUAACACUAUAUGAGUAGAAGAGACAGAUCGUGAAGGAGAGAGAUGAAAGAGAGAGAGGGAUAUUGACAGAGAGUUAGAUGGAAUGAGAUGAAGUAGUUAUAGUGAAUCCCAAACCGCCCCCUCGCCAAUACCAACUCCCUCCGUUGUCACGUGUUGCUGACGAAGCUCCGAGGGUGACUUCCAGAGAGUGGCGAUGGGAUCAAUAAACCCACCGGGACCAGUCUCUGAAUCAGACAUAAACACAUGACGUGGUAUAUAAUUAGACACGCCUCUCCAGUCUCUGAAUCAGACAUAAACACAUGA